AUGUUAAGUCUGAUACUCUUGCACCAACCGGCCAAAAGCCCCAUUGGAGCAAGAUUUGAUCCUUCUUUGGAUCGUCCCACUGACAUGCCAUCAAUGGAUCCGACAAGAAAACCUGUCGCAUUCUCAACUACAGAAGAACCUAUGCAAGAGCCUUCGAAGGUCCCAAGCUCGGUUCCAAGCUCGCUUCCAAAUACUUCGAGCCCAACGACGCCGGAUGUCACUCCCGUCCCAACUGAAACGCCAACCAUAAGUCCUACUCUUGUUCCAGUUCCGGAUGCUACUCCUAUUCCAACAGUCACUGCUUCGGCUGGACCUUCUACAAGUCCUUCAAACAGUCGGUUUACAAUGUUGUCAAACAGCCCUUUGAACAGUCCGUCGAACAGUCCCUCAGCAGGUCCAUCAAAAACUCCUUCGAUGACGCCUUCAAAAAUCCCAACCAGAGUCCCUUCGAAAAGUCCUUCGCAAGUCCCAUCGUUGCAUCCAUCGAGCAGUCCCAGUAGCAGCCAGGAACCUUCCGUUGCCCCAAGUGAUGUCCCAUCAAGCGUUCCAACAUGUGUUUUCUGA